AUGAGGGGUAGCUUCCCUUCCAACAAAGCAGAAACAAACACAUUCUGGAAAGCAACCCGAGAGACGCCACACUGCGGUGCCAAUCCUCACUGGCUGAUCUACCAAGUCACCAAGGGCAACAGGCGACCCACCUACCACUACACAGGAAGUGAUGACAGCAUGGAGCUUAAGUACUGUGACCUCUAUAUUGCAUGCUGGGACGCUAAACCAGAAAACAGACCCUCAGCGGAGGAUGUCAUUGUCUCCUUGAGCAGCUUGCAGAUCUGA